AUGCUAGGUCCACAGACUGGGGCGAGUGGGAACAAGUGGGGGACUUCCUGUGGCUCGCGCGCAGACAUGGACAGCGUGCCGCUCUUUGAGCGUGAGCACCGCAAUGACAGUCAAUUAGUGCAGCGUCUACAGAAUGAACUGGCGGACGCCAAGCGCUUUGUGGAGGCGCAGGCUCGACGUCAGAACGACCUCGAGUACGUGAACGAGGACUUGGAACGACGCCUUGAGCAGGAAGCGCUGGACCGCAUUACUCUGGACGCACAGAAAGCUGACGACGAAAAACGAUGGCAGCACGAGAAAACUGCGUUGCAGGAGCAACUGCAGUCGUGGGAAUUGCGAUUCGAAGAGGAGACGCGACGUCGGGCAAUGGCCGAAGAACGUCUGCGACGAGCAGAGAAGGAGCUGUAUCGGAUGCACCAGAAGAAAUACGACAUUGAGAAACAGGUCCGGCGCGAGGAGAGCGAGAAGCGGAAGCACGAGGCGGUGAUUGUACGCAGUCUUCAGUCCGACUCACAGCGUGCGCAGCAGAGCGCAGCGAACGGGUUUAUUGACCCGACGGUGAACCCAAAGGACGCCAAGCCAGCGACUGUUCGCACGCGACAAGCGUUAUCUUCUGCAAUGGACUUUCUGGGUGUCUGA